GCGGAAAUGAUGGAAAAAUUCACUAGUGGACAAUCAGUCAAAAAUUUCCAUGUGAUUAAAGACAUAAAUACAGAAACAUUAAGAAUUAAUGACAUUGGAAACAUGAUGGACGUUGAUGAAUCGGAAGAUGAAUUAUUACCUAUGCCAACCCCGACAAACAAUAUCCUCACAACUAACAUUGAAGAAGGUAGAGGCAGAGGCAGAGAUAGAGGUAGAGGUGAAGCAACUGUGGAAGGAAGAGGUACAGGUGAAGCGUCUGUGGAAGGAAGAGGAACUGGUGAAACAUCUGUGGAAGAAGGAGAUAAAGGUGAAGCAUCUUUGGAAGGAAGAGGUAGCGGAAGAGUUAGAAGAACAACAAGAGGAAGUAGGAAAAGAAAAACCGAUAUGAUUGCUGUAAAUAUUUCUUUGCUUCCUGUUAAAAUCAAGACGUCUCUAAUAAUCAAGAAUUAUAUGCUCACCGAACUUCAAUCUGUCUUUACAUGUUUUAGAAGAAACCAACAGCUGCUUUCUAUGAAUUCCAUUACUUGUAGGCACUGUACUAUGAAAUUCAAACUUCGUGCAAAGUUGCUGCAAUAUCAUUAUUGGAAUUUAGAAAGAUAUACUGUUGGUGUUUGCAGUAUUCAUCAAAUUAAAUGUUCUGUGGCGGGGACUAUGGCUUGGAACUUAUUUCAGUUCAUCUCAUCAUUUACAACGAUUUAUGACAGCAAAAUUGCAGUUCUCCACAUCUAGGAAUUAUGGAAGCUAUAGUGCUGGUGGUACAAGUUUCUUGAAUCAAAAUAUCUGGCCGCAGGGACAAUAUGGCACAGAUAAUAAUUCUCUUAUCCGCAGAGGAAGAAAAUUUCAAGCAAUAAUAACAAAAAUAAUGUUACUGCAUAAUAUUUAGUGCGCAGCUCUAGAUACCAUAGAAAACUACUGCGCAUUAAAUAAUUAUCCCAAAUCCAACGCAUAUUAAUUAUUUGACACCAAUUUUCUGCAAACCUGCGAUGCCAACUUUCGAGUUUACCAUUGCAAACUUGUUGGAAAUUAUUGUGCUAUCUCAGUGGUUAUUAUUGAAGUU